CACGCGCUGUUGAGUGACCGGAUAAAGUGGUACACCGCGCUGUGCGCACGGGGCUCUCGCGCGUCUAAGGUUUUCGAGGCAGCACGGACGCCGGCGCGCAUUAAACAGACCGGGUGUCGGUAGGAGAGAGAGAGCGUGUGUGUGUGUGAGAGAGAGAGGUGUAAACAACACAACUCGAACCGAGAGCUAUGGAGAGCAUGGCGAACGUCUCAGUGCAUCACCUUCAGCUCUCCAACACCAGCGCGUUCUGCAACAACGCCACUCUCCUGGAGAACAGCACGUGCGUGGAACCCGACCAGAUCAAAGGCUCGACCCCCGUCAUCAUCGCCAUCAUCAUCACCGCGCUUUACUCCGUCGUGUGUGUGAUGGGGCUGGUGGGCAACGUGCUCGUCAUGUAUAUGAUCAUCAGAUACACCAAAAUGAAGACUGCGACAAACAUCUACAUCUUUAACCUGGCCCUGGCAGAUGCCUUGGCUACCAGCACUCUCCCUUUCCAAAGUGUGAACUAUCUCAUGGGCACCUGGCCUUUUGGCGACAUCCUGUGCAAGAUUGUCAUGUCGAUAGACUAUUACAACAUGUUUACAAGCAUCUUUACGUUGACCACUAUGAGCGUAGACCGCUAUAUCGCAGUGUGCCACCCUGUGAAAGCUUUGGACUUCAGGACCCCGCGCAAUGCCAAGAUCGUCAACGUCUGCAACUGGAUCCUGUCGUCUGCUAUCGGUCUGCCAGUCAUGAUCAUGGCUUCAACUAUUAACACCCUUGAAUACCCCACCCCCGGCAUUGUUGAUUGCACUCUUGUGUUCCCUCACCCAUCCUGGUAUUGGGAGAACCUGCUAAAGAUCUGCGUUUUCAUCUUUGCCUUCAUAAUGCCUGUGUUGAUAAUCACCGUGUGCUACGGCCUGAUGAUCCUGCGCCUGAAGAGCGUGCGCAUGCUGUCCGGUUCCAAGGAGAAGGACCGCAACCUGCGCCGCAUCACACGCAUGGUGCUAGUCGUGGUGGCCGUCUUCAUCGUGUGCUGGACCCCCAUCCACAUCUUCGUGAUCAUCAAGGCCCUGGUGACCAUCCCCAACUCUCUGCUGCAGACCAUCACCUGGCACUUCUGCAUCGCUUUGGGUUACACCAACAGCUGCCUCAACCCAGUGCUAUAUGCCUUUCUGGAUGAGAACUUUAAACGCUGUUUCCGUGAGUUCUGCAUACCCACCCCGUCAGUGCUCGACCUGCAGAACUCGAUGCGCUCAACGCGCACCCGCAACCCACAGCGCGAAGCUCAGUCCAGCCCCACAGUAGACCGAACCAACCGGCAGGUAUGACUAGCAGUGGAGAUGUCAUCACUGGAUUUGCGCUGCCAGCCCAGUGUUGACAUCACCUCAGAACUCACACAAGUCACCACGGGUCUCUGAGCUCUGUCGGGUUUGAAACUACCGGUCCGCUGUGAUGGUCAUGGAGAUCUCCCAUGACGGUUUGAUUAAGCCUAAAAAUUGCAUUUCAUAUGCUAGCAAAGUAGUGUGACUCAUCAGUUUGAAUGUGUACCACACCACAUACUGUAUUCACUCAAGUAUAGUGUACCAUGAGAAAACCUUAUAUGAACAUCCAAGUCAGUACAAACUCGCUGGCAUGUUGCACAUUAGACUAGUUGUGAUUCAUAGGACAACAUAUGUUAUAUGAUAAAUAUUGCAUUUAUGCUUUUCUUUUUCUCUGAUUGAUUUUCACUGUGCAAUCAGAAAAAGACUGAAAAGAAAUUUUGAUCUUUAUCACCAGUUUCUUUAAUGCUGUACUUUUAUUGUAAAUAAUAUUUUCCUAAACAAAACAUGCUUUAUAUUUGUUGAAAUGUUUCGCUCGAUCGAAUCAGCUGUCAUACAUACUUAUAAACAUAUAAGUAUUAUAUAUCACAGAUUUAAAAGGAAUGUCACAUCCAAACAUUUCCACCUGUUACCAAGCAGUAUAAUAUGUAAGGUGUUGUUUUUUUCAGCUGGGCCACUUGCACUGCAAUGUAUUAUUAUUUUUUUUUAUUUAUGCAGUGAUUAUUGCUAGACUAGGCUUGUAUUUCUUGGAGUCAAAAGCACAAUGUGAGCAAUUUGUUCUAUAAAAUGGCACAUAUGCAGUUGUCAUGCUUCAGUGGUGACAUAUUAUGUACGUGAUUAUGCCAAUGUGUUAUUUGUCAAAUCAGAUUUGUAAGCUAUUAAUCAACUUUGCAUUACUGAGGUCUUGAACGAAAAUAUAUUUAUCUUUGCUUGCAUGACAACAUUUUGUUCUGACAAGAUAUGAACAGGUUGUACUUAAAAUAUGUUAAUAU